ACAGAAGUUUUUUGGUUCUUCUUAAAAUUCAGUUUUCAUCAAAAUGAACACAGUUCUAUUAUGAUGCUCAGAUUUCCAAAGUAAGGCAUGCUAAUUGUAAAACAUAGCAAGGUGACCCCAGUUUUCAAAGCAGUGAGCUCAGCGUUUUCCGUAGUCACUCUGUGAAUGCUCACAGCAACCCUGCAAGGGAGGUGGUUUCCUUGUCUUCAGUCUACGGGUGAAGAAACGAAACCUCAGAGAGGGCAAGGCACCAGCUCAGGGCUGCAGAGACGGUGUUUCCAGCUGUGCACGGGGGCUGAUUGGUGAGGGACCCACGUUCGAGAACCUUGGAUGCCCUAACAGCCUGUGAGGAUGGAGAACGAGGAUUACAACUUCUCCCUCACCUACGAUGACGACUACCUCGAUGAUUUGGAGCCCAUCGUGGUUUUGGAGGAGUUCUCUCCGCUGGAAGGCAGGGUGGCCAGGAUCUUUCUGGUGGUGGUCUACAGCAUCGUCUGUUUCCUCGGCAUCCUGGGCAAUGGCUUGGUGAUCGUCAUUGCCACCUUCAAGAUGAAGAAGACCGUGAACACCGUCUGGUUCCUCAACCUGGCCGUGGCGGAUUUCUUGUUCAACGUCUUCCUCCCGAUCCACAUCAUCUACGCCGCCAUGGACUACCACUGGGUUUUUGGGACGGCCAUGUGCAAGAUCAGCAACUUCCUGCUCAUCCACAACAUGUACACCAGCGUCUUCCUGCUCACCAUCAUCAGCUUCGACCGCUGCAUCUCUGUGCUCCUCCCCGUCUGGUCCCAGAACCACCGCAGCAUCCGGCUGGCGUACACGGCCUGCGUGGUGAUCUGGAUCCUGGCUUUCUUCUUGAGUUCCCCAUCCCUCGUCUUCCGGGACACAGCCCACCAGCACGGGAAAAUAUCCUGCUUCAACAACUUCAGCCUGUCAGCGGCCAGCUCUUCCCGGUUGCCCACUCACCACCCACUGAACCCUGUGGGGUUCAACCGGCACAUGGUGGUGACCAUCACUCGCUUCCUCUGUGGCUUUCUGGUCCCGGUCCUCAUCAUCACAGCCUGCUACUUCACCAUCGUCUGCAAGCUGCGGCGCAACCGCCUGGCCAAGACCAAGAAGCCCUUCAAAAUCAUCGUGACUAUCAUCAUCACGUUCUUCCUCUGCUGGUGCCCUUACCACACGCUCUACCUCCUGGAGCUCCACCACGCCGCCGUGCCUGGCUCCGUCUUCAGCCUGGGGUUGCCCCUGGCCACUGCCAUCGCCAUAGCCAACAGCUGCAUGAACCCCAUUCUGUAUGUCUUCAUGGGUCAGGACUUCAAGAAGUUCAAGGUGGCUGUCUUCUCCCGCCUGGUCAAUGCUCUGAGCGAGGACACAGGCCACUCCUCCUUUCACAGUCACAGGAGCUUUACCAAGAUGUCCUCGAUAAACGAGAGGUCCUCCGUGAAUGAGAGGGAGACCAACAUGCUUUGAGCCUCACUUGGGAAACCUCCAAUGGACGCUCCCAUCCUUGGAGGCCCCGGCCCAAAGCUAUGCCUUCUCAGGACCACGCAGGACCCUCUUCAGCACCUAGCAGUGUCCACUGUAUUUUGCUUGGAGGUGAAUGGUGUUUUGAGCUGGGACUGCAGCGCUUGGAAUCCCCUUCUUCCAGUGGCUUGGUGGACAGAGCGUGCCACAUGGCUCAGCCUCGGCCGAGCAUCCCAUACUUCUUGGGAGACCAGCUUUGACUGAUGCAAAGUAAAAAAGGGAGCAUUCCCAGAAGCACUGCCAUGAACUGGGAUUGGCAAAGAUAGCAGGAUUAAGCUCUCUACUGUGUGCUUUCCAGGAAUGACACAGACACUCUCCAAGGUCCACUCAUGGUGCAGCCGAGGAGGUCAGAGCAAACCCAGUGUGAUGUAGAUCGCACCUCUCCCUGUGUACCUAUCUCAAUAGCCAGGUAUCCUGCCACCCAAGCCACUCCUCUGGGUUAGGGCGUGUGGACUGCACAGAUUACCUGGGACAGGAAGGUGACCUGUGAGGCCGUGACCUCCGAGAACCACGGGUUUAGCUUUCAGAGGAGCUCGGAAGGCAGAAAACACAUCCUAAGGGGCCGUGUGGGCUCUUUGUGAGGAUGAGACAAGCCGGGCUGCAUGAGGACUUGGGGUCUAGAGGAAGGAAUGGAGAAAGAGAAGGAAAGACCAUUCGAGGGUGCAGCGUGAAGCAGUGCACCCCGGAGCACGGUGCUUCGGCCGGAGCUGCUUGGGGGGUCGAGGGGGCCCAGCCCCUUGCCCCAGGCCCUGCUCUCACUUUGCAUUUGUUAUUUGGGGGCUGGGUCAUGGCGGGCACCUUCACGAGCAGCCCCCGCUCCAUCACAGGGACUCCUCCCUCCUCCCCAUUCCACUGGCUCUGGCUGAAGUGCUCAGAAUAAAACACUCCAGCCUUGCUGAAGAUGAGCCCCAAAUCAGCUUCAGGGAGCCACCUGGGAGCACCUCAAGGGCUGGAGAAUGUCUGAGUGCUCAGUCACUGAACUUGAAGCAGAAUCUGGAGCCUGACCCCUCGAACUGUGCUCCUGAGAUGCUGGCUGUGGGGUGCCACAGGCACAGAGCCCCCCCCACCCCAUGUGCACCCAUGUCCCUUUUCUCAUCCAGGACAGACACCUUCUUGUGCUACAGAGCGUCAUUGUCCCCUUUACCAACAACGAAGCUGAGGCUCAGAGGAGGGAAGUAACUUGCCCAACGUCACACAGCUAGCCAGAGGCAGACUUAAGAUCUGAACCCAUCUCUGUCUGGCCCCAGAAACUCUCUUCUUUUAUGGAGACUGUAUCUAUUGAGAAUGUUCUGGGCUGUAACAAUAGCCUACAUUAUUUAGAACUUCCUAUAUUAAGCACAUUACAUGUGUUAUCUCAUUUAUUCCUCACAGCAACCCUGAGUUAGGUACAAUUAUGACUUCCUUUUUACAUGGGAGGUAUCUGGGGCUCAGAGAGAUUAAGUAACUUGCCUGAGGGUGCCCAGCUGGUCUCUGCAAGAGCCCGGAUUUGAAGCUAGGCCUGUCUGGCUCAAAUAAAGCUGCGGACUUGGGGUUUUUCAAGAGGCUUGGGGUUUUGACCAUAAAUAUUGAUUCCUCAGCAGAUUAACGUCAACAUCUUAACGGCCUUUAAGUCAGUUUUGUAAAUAGUUUUCAAAAAUGUCCCAAUGUAGCAAAGAAAGUGCACUUGGCCUCCUGCUCCCUUGACACCCAUCCCCAUCUGCUGUACCCUCUGAGAUUGCCAGAGAAGGCAGUGGGGAGAGAGGCCUGGUGGGAAGCAGCCCCCUGUGGGCCCCCGGCCCUUUGGCCACCAAGUGUACACAUUCUGUUCUCUUCCAGUCCCUUCGCUGUGAAGCCAGCUCUCCAACAAGACGCAGUGAACAGAUGUCAUGUCUACACAGCGCCAGGCAGGGUCCCGAGGCCACGGGCUGUUUGGAAUCACACCUCAUUAAGAAACAAACUGUUCCUUCCUUCUUGGGGUCGUUGUGCUGGUGGCGAGGCAGCUCUGAGUUGGCCCCAAGUGGGGGCCUCCAGUUGCUUUAAGAAAUCUGAACUCGGACAGUUUGCGAGCAAAAGGGGGGCUGUAAAUCUCGCCCAGGGCCCCCGUCAUCCUCCUCCCAACUUCACAGGGGAAACAACGAAGGCACAAGAGGGCUUGUCCAGGUCCCAGACAGUCAACAGUCCUCAUUCCUUGGGCCCCCUGCCCCCUGGGAGGGUGCUGUUUCCUUGGACUCAGUUCCUCCCUCCUUCCGGGCGGUGUGCAGGCCGGGCCAGGCUGGGGGAGCCAGGAAUCAUUUUGUCAUCGGAAAAGCUGAUGAACAGGAGCAAGAUUUGAACCGGCUGUCUCCCUCCUCAGGGUCAGGCUCCCUCUCUGGCUGCCCGCCCCCGUCUUCCUGUUCUGACUGUAGCAUCAGUCGCAGCUGUGACCUCCCCUGCCAUCCCGUCCACACGGCCUCUCAUGAGGGUCUCCACAGGCCACACGGACCGAGUCCCCACGUGUUCCCCUGCGUUGCUCUAUGGCAGCCGACACACUUUGUGACCGCCAGCCCUCCCUGUGGGGCCAGGACCCGGCCAGCCCGUGGGGUCUUAGUGCUGCCCCUGGGUGGGGCCGGUGGGCCGAGGGUGCAAGGGGAGGCGGGCAAAGGGACAGGAAGAGGAGACCCUGCUGCCUGAGCUCCCAGCUACUUCAGCCCUUGAGAGAAGGGAGAGAGAGGAAGAGAAGGAGGAGGAAGAGGAGGGGGAGAGGGACUCAGAAGGGGAGACCCGGGCACCGGCCGAGGGAGGAGUUUGGCUUAAGCCUGACCCCAGACUCAGCUCUGGAAGGCUUAGGGGCCAGGAUGGGUGGGAGAAGCUGGAGGCUGACAGUGGGAGCCACGAGGGCCCUUCAGACUCGCCCAGGCCUUUCCCCUCUUACAUCUCGGGGAACUGAGGUUUCCAGGGCUGCCCUUCGAGAAAUCUGCUCCAGGAGGUGGUGGUGGCUUGGACGGAAGUGGUCAGUGGUUCCCUGGCUCCCGCCACUGGUCUGCUUCUCCCGUCCAGCCCUAACAUGCUCUGGCAGGAGCCGGGGUGCCCCGGGCUUGUGGUUGCCAAACCCUGGGUUUGGAAAAUUGUUGCUGGCAGCGAUAUCCAGGACCAGAAGGAACCAGGAAGACACUUGUCCUACUGUGAAAUGAUUCAGUAGGGGACUUGACUGCUUCCUCCCUUUGAGGACAAACCGUCUCUUAAAUAAAAGAGACUGAAGCUAGUGUGGGGCUCAGUGCUGGAGGUUCCUGCCACAAACUCUCCUGAAACAUCCACCUCACGGAACAGCAGCAGAGGCUCAGAGCGGGGAAGGGACCUGUCCAAAGUCACACAGCCAUGUUGUGAGACAGCGGGAGAAACUCUGAGAUUCUCAACCUACCAGUCCCCCAAUCUUGGACUUCCAGGAAUCUAUAUUUUGAAAAAUUUUCCUCCACUUAUUUCAUUUUCCUAGCGGCCAAGGAUAGGAGACAGGUAGUGACUUACCCCAGAUAACACAGCAAGUCAUGAGAGAUGGGAGACUGCAACCCAGGGCUCCUUACUCCAAAGUCCAUGCUCUUGGACACCACAUCAGCCACCCGAGGAGAAUUGUUUCCAUCCACACGUUCAUCCCUCCAUCCUUUCCCCACCACUUAUUCACCCUAACACCCGCCCAUCCAUCCAAGCAUCCAUCCAAGCAUUUACACCAACAUCCUUUACCCAUCCACCCACCCAUUCACCCCAACAUCCAUCCACCCACCCACCCAUCCAUCCACUUAUCUGUUCACACAUCCAUGCAGCUACCCGUCUAUCCACCCGUCAUCCAUUGACAUAACCAUCUCUAUAUCUACUUAUUCAUGCAUUCCUUAAACAUUUAUUUAAUACCUACUCUUUGCCAGGCCCCGUGGAAGGCACUGGGAAUGCAGGGGUGACCAGAAUAUUCAGUCUCUGUCCUCAUGAGUUCAUCCAUUGGCUAGUAGGAGAGACAGCCAAUAAUUUUAAAAAACACCCCCCAAUGGGAUAACAACUGCAGGAAGUGCUGCACGCACAUCACAGAGAGAUCUGAGCCUGUCCAGAGGCCAAGGAACCUGCCUCGGGUGGGAGAUACUUGAGAUGCGAAGGAUGGGUAGGCCUGGAUUCAGUGGGGAUGGGGACGUGCGGGAGAGGGUGCUCCAGGUGGAGAGAACAGCAUGGGCAGCAGUGUUGGUGUAGGAGGGAGCAGAGUGAUUGCAAGGGUCAGAGAGGGCACGGGGGCUGCUGCAGAGUGAGGGGAAUGAGCAGGGACCAAGAGGGUGGAGAGGAGGCCGGGCCAGACCAUGGGAGGGCCUUCACCUGAGAUGAAGGGGAAGCCACAUGCAUUCGAGGGAGCGAUGUGCUCAGACCUAUAUGUUGAAACAGGCCUGGGGCUGCUCUGGAGAGGAGAGGCCGAGGGGGCUGAGGGGGAUGCUGGGAGGCUGCUGCAGCCUCCAGAUGGGAGCCUGGGCUGGCAGAGCGAAGGCAGAGCUUGAGAGAAGUGGACUUUUUGGGGGAUGUUUAAAGGCUGCCCAAGCUCUCUCAGGGGAGCGGUUAGUGGGAAACCAGCCCAGGGCCCAUUGCGACUGCACAGAGGCCUCGGCGUGUUGCUUUAUGGACGGAAAUUAAUUGUAAAUAUUAUUCAAAUUUGCCUCCCCAUGCACAAUUACAUUUCUCAGGGGAGCCCUCUGAGCACAUAAUAAAGCCCCAUAAAUAAUGCAUAUAUUAACCUAAGAGGAGCGGAGGCCCAGUGAUGCUGCCGUUGCGGGUGGGGGCUGUGGGGAAUUUAUGCACACGAGACUCCAAGUGCUUGCACUUGGGGUUCAACUUUGGAGGUCACCGAGUUCUGUCCUGGAGGAUCUUCCAGAAGUCUCUGCCCCCCGUAUCCCCCUGGGCAUGUCAGCUAGCCACUGCUCUAGAGGCCUGGUCCAAUGGCAGGUGGGGGCCAGGAGACAGCUGGUGAAGGCAGGGAGAAGCACGGGUCCAUGAAACACUUCCCUGUGUGCUCAGAGCUUCAACAACAGCAACAACAAUAAUAGUAGGUAAUCUUAACUGAGCGUGUCCAAGGUUUGGGCACCCUCCAAGCACUUUAGUUUCACUAUCUCAUUGAGUCCUUACAACAGCCUUUGUGGUAGGGGAGUUAGUAUCUCCACGUCCAGAUGAGGAAAUUGAGGUUCAGAGAGGUGAAGCAACUUGCCCAACGUCACACAGCUAGUCAAUAACAGAGCCAGGAUUUAAACCCCGGUCUCUCUGACUCUAAAGCAACUUGCAAAUAUAACACAUCCUUGAUGAGGCUCGUUCCUGGGGAGCCAAGAGCAAGCUUGUGCUCUCUCUCCAGUGUCAGAUUUCGAGGAGGUGGGGGUAGGGGGAUCUGAGAGUAUUGCUUUUUCCUUCGGAGGGAGGAAAUGGUGUCUGGAUGGGCUUGUCACUUCCUCCCGGCCCCAGGAAUCUGAGGAUUGUUGAGUGUGGAAGAGACUCUCCUUCAUGAAGUUCGUCCCUCCUAUCCCCCCAUUUUACAGAUGGGGAAACUGAGGCUUCUUUGCAAAUAGGGUUGGGAUCUCCUACCUCACAGACUGCAGUGAGCUGUGUGCAAAAACACUCAUCUGAGUCACUUUUAAAGCACCGUCAUGCUAGAGACCUGGGCAUUCACGCAGCUGCCCUCAUCACUUUUCAGUUUGUUGACAAGGGCUUUGGUACGGGUCUGCCCUGAAGGACCCCUGCCCGGGAGCUGGGAGUCCCUGGUGAGUUUCCAGCAGAAUCCGGGCUGAAGGGGAGGCAGGAGAUUUUGGAAAAACCUGCUAUAGGGUAGAGGUGUGCUGUAUUUGGGGCGUAAACUUUAUCCUUCCAAAUUGUCCUGGUUAUGAGGAAGGGGUGCUCUCUGUCUUGAUGUAGGUGGUGGUUGCAUAGCUGACUUUAUGUGUAAAAACUCAUUUAUUUGCGCAUAUAAGAUUCCUGCACUUUACUACAGUAAGUUAUGCCUCAAUAAAAGUAUUUUUAAAAAUAAAAUAACUAAUGGUGUCUGCAGGAAUGACUUCCCGCUUCCUUUGGCACUCUGGACAGGACCAGGUCUGCGGGCUUCUCUCCGAUUCAAAAGAGAAACUCGGAGGGAGGUGGUCCUGGCAGGAUCCAUCCAGAGAGGCAGCAUCUGAGGACAGACUGAGCCCUCCCAGGGGUCACCCCGGCCGUGCCCCUGACUCAAAGGGCCUUUGAUGGUUAAGACACAGGAUCACCAGGGCUCAGGAGUCAGACUCCUUGGGCCUGAGUCCCAGGCCCCCUAUUUACAUCAGCUGGGGUUAGGGCUACGGUUAAAGCUCUAUGACCUCGGGUGAGCUACUCAACGUCUCUAAAGCCUCAGUUUCUCAUCUGUAAAAUGGGUAGCAUGAGAACUUGCCGCUCACAGGGCUGCUGUGAGGAUUAAAUGAGAUGCCGCACGUAAGCGUUUAGCAGGUGCACAUCUUUCAUCUGGAUGUACCUCAGCCUCCUCGCUGGUCUCCCCACUUCCAGCCUUGCCCGCCACAACCCGCUCUCCACAAAGCAGCCAGAGCGAGCUUCCGUCCCAGCGUGGAGUGAUCCGGUCCCCUUCCUGUGUCUUACAAAGCCCUGUAGGCUCGGCAUCGUUUCCUCCUCAUCUCGUGCUGCUCUCCAGCCAGAGGAGCCUUCCUGCCUCUCAAAAACAAGGUAAAGCAAACCAGAGAGACAGCACCGUACAUCCAAGAUUGUUCCGCCUCAGGCCUUUGCAUGUGCUGUUCCUUCUGUUCCGGGACCACUGACCGGUUCCUCCACUGAGCUGUGAGGUCUCAGCUCAAAUGUCACCUCUUCAGAGAGACCCUUCUCGACCCCUCCCCCCACUGAAAGGAGCCCCAGCCCCAGUCACUGUCUACCAGAUCCCCGUUUUAUUGUCAUGAUAGUACGUCCUGCUGUCUCAUAACUUCUUUAUUCAUGUGUGGCUGCUCUGAGUCUGUCCCCCGACUAGGCAGCGGGCCCCAUCAGGGCAGGGACUGUGUCUGUCUUGCUCACUUGUGUAUCCCCAGCACCCGCAGCACUGCUUAGCCCAGAAAAAGUGCACUCAACUUUUUGUUGAACAAAUGAAGAAGUAACCAUAAGCUGACGCUAUUUUUAUCAUCAUUGUCAUUGUCAAGUUUCAUGGUUAUUGUUACAAUACACCACUCCCAGAGUAUUUUCACAUUUUUUUUCCCUAUCUUGAUGAGAUCUGGGUGGGGGGUGGGCAUGGGAUAUGCCCUAUUUCACAGACGUGGAAACUGAGGCCUCAGGCCGCUUAGUCCAGAAGUGGAGAAGUGGGGUUCUUUCCCUUACACCCUGAGGAGCAGCCACAAACGAGGCAGGUUUCCAUGAAACGCUUCUGCCUCCCCUGGCCUUUUCCUUUCCCCUUUGUCUGAUUCACUGCAGCCUGAACAUAAAGGAACCAGAUGCCUCCCUCCCCCGCCUCCCCCUCCUCCAUUGUUCUGUGGCUCUUUUCCUGACCAGGACUCUAUUAAGGAUUUGGCUGGUACAGCCGCGACUGCAAACUUCCUGUGUUUAUCCUUCUGCUUAGAAAUCGUAGAUGGAGCAAUCAACCAGGCGCCAGGUCUGCAUUGGGCACUGGACGAUGCUACGGCAGAAAACACAGCCAGAUACCUGUCCUCUGACGCCCAAGUGUUCCUGGAGCCCAGAUGCCCAGCUCUGAGAGGUGGACCCCGGAAUUAUCUUUUCCCUGGUUUCCACCAUGCAGAUGUUUGGCACCCAUAGAACAAACAUCUGGAUGAGGGAAUGAGUUUCUGCUUGGCUCCUGGAUGUUGGUGCCGUGGAGCAGAGACACACACAGGGAGGUAGGAGCCCUUAGUCUCGGCUGGUGGCUGCUAAUAGCCUCGGAGCCCCUGGUGGAUGGUGGGGUUUCUGAUGCCCAGGCCACGGCCCAGGUCCCAGCGCUUUGCUGGGAAGGACUGACUCAUGACGGAAAGCAGCCAGAGGCAAUUCCACAUCCAUCAUCCCAUUUCAUCCUCAUGAGAAGCCUGCAGAGCAAAACCACCUUAACUUUAGAGAUGAAGAAGCCGAAGCUCAAAGGGGUCAAGUAGGUUUCCCAGAGCCGCUCAGACAUCCAUCCAUUGACUUUUAUUGAACACCUACUGGGUGCCAGCGCUGCGCGAGGAUCCGAGGAUACGUUGGCAGUUGCCAUCCUUGCGUUCGUGAAUCAUACAAUGUGUCAGUACGUAGAAGAGUUGGGAUUUGAACCCAUGUCUGUAAAGCUUUGUGGCCUCAAUACCUUGUUGAGUUCUCCUUGGAGAAGCUACAGUAGAGCUGAACUUCCGCAGCCCGAAACUCAGGCCCUGGGAAGCCGGCAGAUCUAACCAACCUGAGCUUUCUGUCCACCAGCCCGGGCUCUGGGUCCCUGCCCCCACCUCCCUUGGGGCAGAAGGAAGAGUUCUUUGCAGGCUUUCAGAGGCGGUCAGCCAGCUCAGGAGGGGGUGGUGGGAUGGGCAGUGAUCACACACACAGGCUCUGGAAUCAGGCAUUUGGGCAAAUAACUUUCCUUCUCUGAGCCUCGGUUUCCCCAUCUGUAAGAUUGGAAGUGGAAUGGAAAUGCUUUGUAGAUUUGCAUGACGAUUUGAUAAAAUGAUCCAUGUAAAGAGCUUAUCACAACCUUUGGAAAAUAUGAUGUGCUUAAAAAGUUGCUAGCUCUUGCUGUUGUGACAUUUGAUUCCAUUCUUUUCUUUCCUGGAGCUACAUGACUGCAUUUGCUCUGUGAACUCUGGGGGCUGCGCCUAAUCCAGGCCAUUGAUUCAGGAGGCUGAGCAAAUCUGCCUAAAUUACGUAUUGGGGUUGCACAUUGAAUGCUUGCUACAAUCUGGGUGUGUGACGGAAAUGUAAUUUCUUAGUCUGUAGCUGAUCUGGUCUUCCUUAUGACAUCUCUCCCAACCUCUCCCACCUCCCCUACCCCUCACUGGCAGAAAACAAAACAAACAACAAAAAAUUAAGCUUUACCCAUGUUAUGGGUUGGCAUGUGUCCCCCUCAAAUUCAUAUUUUGACGUCCUAACCCCCAGGACCUCAGAAUGUGCCCUGCUUUGGAGAGAGUCUUUACAGAGGUCAUCAAGUUAAAAUCAGGUCGUGAGGGUGGGUCCUGACCCAACAUGACUAAUGUCCUCAUAAAAAUGGGGACAAUUGAAUGCAGACGCGUACAGAUAGAAGACUACAUGAAGAGACAUGGGGCGGGGGCGGGAUAGCCUUCUACAAACCAAGGAGAGAGGCCUCAGAGGAGCCAACCCUGCGGACACCUUGACCUUGGACUUCCAGCCUCCAGGACUGUGAGAGGAUACUUUCUGUGGUUUCAGCCCCCCCCCACUCCCCGCCCGUGAUACUUUGUUACAGCAGUCCCAGCAAAUGAAUGUAACAGUUUUAACAUUGGUCCAAAUGAUAGUUUUACAGGCUCCCAGAGGCGAGUCUGCCCUGGAGGAACCCACUCAUCCUCUCCGAGGGGCUGCCCUCCUCUGCUUUCCUCCUGGGGUGGUUUCGGGUACGUGGAGGGCGGGGCUUGGUCUGAUGGUCUCAAGGGAGCACAGAGGAGUCAGGAGCUCCUGAUGGUCCUCUGCCCUUCCGAGUGUAGGGGGAUGUCUCCAUCCUCCCUGGUCCCAAAUGGGCAAGUGGAAAACUGUGGAAAGAGGGUCUCGCUCUGGGCUUGACUGACUAGCUUCCCCUCGGCUCCCCUGAAUGUGCCCCCGGGCAUCCCCGCUCUGUCCUUCUCUGGGCUUGUCUGGAGGUCACCCUGGCUGCCCUGCUGAUUUUCACCUGCAUCCACGCCACAUGAGAACUGAGGGUGCCCGAGAAAGCCAGUGAGUUGGGGCUGUGGCCAAGAAAGCCUUCGCAGUCCUUGGUGCACCUGGAGCAAAUGUGUGAGAGGAAAGACUGAGCAAAGCUGGUCCACGCUCCAGAAUUCCUCUCCCCUUCUGCUUCUGUAAGUCCUGGUUCCGGAAAGAAGCAGCUCUUCUUCUCCUCUCCCCGUGUUGUAUUCUCCUAUCAUCUGGAGGUAAGCCUCAGAAUUGUGGAGGGAGGGCAUCUGCUCCUCAUCCUGGCAGAAUCCAGGAGCUGGGCUUCCGGACGUGGCUUUUGCGCGUUAAAGGAAGAGAAUAAAAGAAGUCAGAAAAUCCUCCUUCAAGACAAUAGCCUGCCUUUAGUUCAGUGGGGCACAGUCCCGUUUCACAUGUCAGAGCAGAAUAGCACACCGUUCUUCUUAUAGAACCAAUGCCACUCUCCUCCCACGCACAGGGACACUUGGGGCCAAUUGAACAAAGAUCAUGUAUUCAGAACGCUAACAAGAGCCCCCUCAUAAUUUCCAGGAAAGCCACCUGUUACUAUUAGUUCUUGACUCUUUCUGCUGCUCCCAACAGGCUUUAAGUCUUAAAAAUUGGAAUGAAAGUGUCAUAAUGAUUCACUAUUAAGAUAAUUAACAACUCCGAUAAUUAUUGGCAAUUAUUCUACGUUUCGCUGAUGAGGAAUGGAAGCUCAGAGAGGUGCAGUCGCUCGCCCAGGAUGACUAGGCUGGGGGGAUAAUAAGGCGAUGGGAGUUAAACACACCUUCAUCUGACUUCAAGCUGCCUAUCAUUGCGCCGCGAAGAUCAUUGCCUCAUGGCAGCCCAGGAGGGUUUGGCGUUGCUGUACUCAAGCUCCUGUACACAGUCGCACGUGAUUUUUCUGCUCAUUUAUGUGGAGUCGCUCACCAGAUUCCUGAGAACCUGGAGAGCGGCCAGCAACGGGGUUGGAAAAGCUCCCUGGAAAAGCUCCGUGCUUCGUGCCCUCCCCUGAGGUUCCUAAUGUAUCUGUAAUAGGAUUAGCAUUGCCUGCGAUUCGAGGCGUCUGCUCUCCCUUCCUGAGCUCUGUCUCCUGGGUCUGAGGGUUGCCAGGAAUUAGAAACCCAUUCUGGGUUUUUGGAGACUAUGAGAACAGAUGCUUAAGCCGUUCCCCAAAUGUUGUGUGUGGAGUGCUGUUUAUAGGCAGUUGUUCUGGCUUAUGCGGGGCUUUCACCCGCUUGACCUCUCUCCACCCCAGAUGCUCAGUGGGACACGGGUGACGAGCCCUUCUUUUAAAGAGGAGGAACCAGGAGCUCAGGGAGGUCAAGGCAGGUACCCAAACAACGCAGCUAGAGAAUGGCGAUGCCAAGACCCAAGUCCGGGACACGGUGGCUGUGGAGUUCCUGUGCUCAGCACCCAAUACGGUGACCCUGGCCACUGAGUGCCUUCAACACUCUGAGCCUCAGUUUUUUCAUCUGCAAAAUGGAGAUGCAGUGCAGAGUCUGGAAUGACAUGCUAGCUUGUAUUUGAGCCUCAGCUCUGUCCCAGAGUCUCUGUGUGACCUUGAGGAGGUCACAUUCCCUUUCUGGGUCUCAGCCUUCCCUUCUGAAAGAUAGGGAGGGGAAGGAAGUGGGUUUUGACAAGGGUGCAGUUAUCAGAAGUUGGCGUAUAAUGAGUACCUACUAUGUGCCGGACAUUUAGGGUGCACAUCACUUCAUCGACUCCUCCCCAAACCCUGGCAGGCUGGCACGGUUAUGCACAUUUUAUGGACGUGGACGCUCAGGUUUGUGUGUUUCCAGAGCUAGUUCUUGCCCAGAUGGCCUCUAAGGACGCUUUAAGAUCUGACACCCCAAGAUUCCAGGAAGAGGGUUGAGACAGAUCAGGACCCAAAUCUGCCUCUGCCACUUUCCGGUCAUGUGACAUUCUUGACAAGUGGCUUCACCUCCCUGAGCCUCAGUUUCUUCCUCUACAAAAUGGAUCCAAUCAUGCCCGCCUCGCGGCGUUACUGAGAUAAUUAUAUGAUACGCGA